AUGGGCAAUCAACCGGAAAGGCCGUCUCCGCCGGGUCGUCCGAUAUUGACGCCUCUGGCGCUCUCUGAGCAGCAGCCCGAUGUUGUUAACCUGCGUUGGGAUCGACCGCUGCUGGACGGUGGCUCUCCCAUAACUGGAUAUACGGUUGAACAGCGUCGCGUCGGUUCCCCGCAUUGGGUGCGUGCCACGCCCACACCUAUCUCGCGAUGUGAAAUUCAAAUAAGCGGCCUGGAGCCGGGCUGGCGUUAUGAGUUUCGUUGUUUUGCCGAGAACAUUGUCGGACGGUCGGAUGCCAGUGAUUUGUCCGAUCCUCUAACGGUUACACUACAAAGAAACGCCAUAUGUGUGCCGCGCUUCAUUGAGGAACUGACGGACAUGGAUGCCGUGGAGGAUGAGCGUAUAGAGUUCCGUGUGCGCAUUCUGGGUGAACCGCCACCGGAGAUUAGCUGGUUCAAGGAUGGCUACGAGAUCUUUAGUAGUCGUCGGACAAAGAUCGUCAACGAGAAUGAUGUGAGUGUGCUCAUCAUACACCAGGUUGCGCUAACCGACGAGGGUGAGAUCAAGUGCUCGGCCACUAAUCGAGCUGGACAUGUGGUGACCAAGAGUCGUCUGCUGGUGCAGGCACCACCCAAGAUUCGUCUGCCGCGCACCUAUGAAGAUGGCCUUAUUGUGGAGGCGGAGGAGGUGGUGCGACUGAAGGUGGGCGUGGCCGGUCAGCCACCGCCUUCAAUAACCUGGCUGCAUGAGGGCGAAGUGAUCGUUCCGGGUGAUCGUUUUGAAGUGUCCAACACGGAGAAGAACUCUUUGCUGAAGAUCGACAACGUGCAGCGCGCAGAUCGGGGUGAGUACAUGGUACGUGCCUGGAACAAGCUCGGCGAGGAUAUCACCUCGUUUCUGGUCACUGUUACGGCACGACCCAAUGCUCCAGGCGCUCCUCGGCUCAACAUGUCCUUUGGCAAGUCGGCAACGCUCUCCUGGACGGCGCCUCUAGAUGACGGAGGUUGCAAGAUCGGCAACUACAUUGUGGAAUACUUUCGCAUCGGCUGGAACGUUUGGUUAAAGGCAGCCACGACGCGUGCUUUGAGCACCACACUCCACGAUCUGAUUGAAGGAUCCGAAUAUAAGUUCCGUGUCAAGGCCGAGAAUCCCUACGGUCUGAGCGAACCCUCGCAGGAAUCGGAGCUGCUCUUUAUACCGGAUCCCAAGCGUGGCAUAACCAAGCCCAAGUCGGCUACUAAAAUCGCUGGAGAUGAAAAGGAGAAGGAUAAGGACAAGGAUAAGUCAAAGCCUGUACCACCGCGUCGCAAGACGCUCUCCCCUCCACGUCCACAUGCGGAUGCGGCAACUAGCAUGUCGGCAUCGCCCAAGCAAUCGCCACGAGGAUCACGCAAGCUGACGCCUCAGUUGAUUGACAGCGAGCAACUGCGUCAUGAGAUGUCCUACGGAACUUCCGACCAGGCACUCAAGAUGAAUGUGCGCAAGAGUCCUUCCCUAAGCAGUGCGGACUCAACAGCAGCGCAGGGAAGCAGACCAGGCUCCAAUCCCAAGCUCAAUCUUACAUUCAUUACGACAACAGCCUUGGUGGAUAAGCCAGAGACUCAACAGGAAACGCCCAAGCCAUUGAAGUCCCCUUCAGCAUCUUCACCUCUCAAACUGUUCAAUCCGAAAUCCGUUGUCAGUCAAAAGAAUAAGUCUCCAGGACGUCCGGCGUCUACGAAACCACAACCAUUGCCACAGCCACCUUUGGCCAAGCCGGAGCGUUCACCGACCCUGGAAUUGGGUCAACGUCAGCCCGCACCUCUUCGGAAGAGUCCUACCCCGCCGGAACCCAUCAAAUCAACUCCCGCCCUGCAACGCAGUGCCGAACCUGUUCAACUAGGUGUCAAUCAGAAUGUGCGACGUUACUCUGGACAUGCCCUAAGUCCGGCCAAGAAUGUGCCUGCUCUGGCUAUAGCCAUUGCCACAGCUACCACUCUGAGCGAGAAGUUGCCCACAAUUCAAAUAAGUGCGCCGCCUCCUCCACCACCCGUUAUGGAGACCGUAGUGCCGGAGACACCUUCGUCGGCGCCAACGCCUCCGGUGACUAAGAUGCGCCCACAGAAGCCCACAGCGGAUAAACAUGACGAGGUGCACACGAGCAAUGAGUUCAUGCUAGUGGUCUUCGACAAGAACAGCAAGGUCAAGGACAAAGACAAGCAAGAUUCCUUUGAGCUGGAACUGGAAGACGCAAUACAGCCGCCGCCGAUUUCCAUAUCGGCACCAGAUUUGGCCUUUUUGGAGUUCACCAACUUGCACACGACCUUCCCGCUGCGUCGCUCCGUCAGUUCGACGGAGCUGCUCUACGAACGUGCCAUGGCCCGUUUCUACGAGGCGGUGGAACUGGAACAAGCAUCGAAAUACAAGGUGAAGACAGCACAAAAUGAGAAGGUGGCACCACCCGUCAGUGCUGCACCACCGCCGACGACCUUCCGCAAGCGUCUGGGCUCAAUGACGGAGGCGGAGCGAGCUUCCUUUGAGCGCAGAAGUGAACUAAGGCGUCAGUCGGCGGACAUGGUGACCAUGGGACGCAAAUGGGAUUCCCGAGAGGAUAUCAAUUUGGGAAAUACAAAGAAUCUUUCACGCACCACGGCGGGAUUCCUACUAAGUCAACAGGAAAGAGACAGUCGGGAGGAGGAUGACGAUGAAGAGCGCACGGAAAGCACAGCUGAAGAUAGUGAGGACAUGGGAGAUAUGGAUGAGGAACAACAGCAGGGAUACGAUCUAGGCUCGGAUUACACCGAGAGCACUGCAUCCUCCGACCAGGACUCUAUCGAGAAGUUUAAAAUGGAGCUUAUGGCGCGCACUCGCUCUCCUAGUCCACGGGACUUGGAGACAUAUCACCCACGCAACAUGGGAGCCGGCACCUUUACACCUUACCGUGCUCCCACUCCGGAGCAGGCGGCGGUGGUGCUCACCCGUCCAAUGCCACUGCCCAGUCCUGACUUUGUGCCCAAGCCCAUUCUAAAGCGUUCCUCCAACGAGCAUGUGGAGCAGUCUGCCAGUCAGCCCAGCAGUCCAGGUCCGAACAACAACCAGGAUAGCAAUGGAACUUCCUCCAACGUCGCCUACAGCGCUCCCAGCUUUGCACCUGUCCAAAAUACCAGCAAUCUGAAACUGGACCUGGCCAAGGGCAUCAAGUCCUUCUUCAAUCGGGAUAAACGAACCGCCACCGAGAAGAAUACCGAAGCCAAUGAGGAGAUAUCCAAUCCACUGGAGAAGACCAAUGCGGCUGCCAUUGCAGCAGAGUUGGAAACGAAGCGAAGAAUCAAGGAGGAGGAAGAACUGCGUCGGCAGGAGGAGGAGCGACUGAUGCAAGAGGAGGCACAUGCAGCUGUGGAUCACUACAGUGAUCUUGUGCGCCAGGUAAGCAGCACUCACAAAUACCACACGCCCCUCUAUCUCGACCGGGAUGAACUGAAACGUGCGGCAGCCCGAGCUGGAGCUGACCUCAAUGAGGAUGACGAUGAAGGCGCUGCCGAGGAGCAUCAACAGCGACAUGCUCGCAGUCCUGAUCAAGAUGACCUUUUGCUGGCACCUCCAACUGUCAACCGCGAGCGUCGUCUGUCCAUUUCGGAGCGGGAACAGCUGGUGCAUGUCCGGGAUGUUGCUAGCAGUCAUGCCAUGCACAAGGCUGCAGCCAAGACUCCAGAAACCCCAGCUAGCGAUCUGGCACAGCAGGAGGAGCCGGAGUAUCCCACGGUACUAGUGGUGCCGCCUCCGAAAACAAAGAACAAAGAUCCAGAUGCAGCCAAUGAGAGUGUCAUGAGCGAGAUGGUCGAAGCACGUCCUGACGCACGUGGACGCACUCGCCUGGUAAAGGUUAAGAGAGUUAUUAAGCGUCGUGUGCCCUCCAGCACGAGAUCCCGCGAUGCCUCGCUCAGCAGACCACCUCCAAGUGGCAGCAGUCUCGUGCCCUUAGAGCGAUCCUCCCAAACAGCUUUACUUCUCUCUGCCGCCGACCGUGAACUCCUGGAGAAGGCAGCCACAUUGGCAUUGCUUCAAUCACGCUCCGAGGAACAGGCUCAUGAGAAGGUGCGCUCGGCAUUGAGCUACUCCACGGAUCUGGUGCUCUUCCUGGUCGCCUGCUAUGUGUAUCUAUUCAAGGACGCACGCCUGGUCCUGCCCAUACUUGCCCUCAUGAUCUACCGCCAGCUGGGUGAGGCUCUCCAGGGUUAUAUGCCCAGCUGGCUGCGUCGCAAGGGUGGCGAUGGAGGCGCCUAGAAACGAUCCUUCAGUUCGCAAUGCGUUUAUCAGUUAAGUUAGUUCUUAUCAAAUUUAUCGACUUGUAUACAACUCUCGUAUGUAUUUUAAUCUUAAGUCUUACAAGUUCCGGACUAUAACGAACUUUUCUAUGAAUAACCCUAAUGUAUACGCCCUUGGAAAAGGAAUAGCUAACCGAUUCUACAGAUAGGCAGAUAUAUUAUCCAGAUACAUUUUCAAUGUAACAUUUGUCCGAUAGAGAUAUGCUUAACCCCUUGUCUAAGCCGACUACAGAUAUGCAGAUAUAUUGUACUGCUUUCGUCACUGAUAAUCCAUCUAAAAUUUAGCACUUUCCCGAUUUUGUUUUCAAUAUAUUACCGGUGAACUUCCUUCCUUCUUUAAGAUGGAAGAAGACCAAAUGACUUUUUUGAUAGAGAUAUGUUUUCCUAAUUUGUAAAAUCAAUCAAAUCAAUUUUUAAUCGAUCAAGAAAACUCAGAUCCUUAAAGAUAGGCAUUUCAGUUAAGAGAAUUUGUUUCAUUUGAGGCCCAUAUAGUAUACAUAUCUGUCUGAAGAAUCGAUUAUCUAUGUAUAACAACUUAUUUAAGCUCACUUUCGUUGUGUGUUUGUGGUGCCCCUCCAAAUGUCUAGAAUCUAAUGUUAUAUAUCGUAUUGUGUUCGUUUGAGGUUCAUUUGUCGGUCUUCUGGAUUGUUCAUUGCUCAUUUACUUUGAGAAUAAAGCACACAAAAAACAAUUA